AUGGACUACUCCGCGUUACAAAUGCCAGUUCCACAGGGUUAUCAAACUGCUGGGCAGUCACCUCAAUCUUCACCCAGAAAUUCUCAAGGGUCUAGACGACCUUCCUCCUCACCUUCUACGGGAAGAGACCGUGAUAGUCAAUCGGAACAGAGAAGAAAUUCUGGUAAUUCUACUCCCGCUGCUGGUUAUUUCCUCGAUUUGACAUUUGUAUUUGAUACUCAUGGAUCUCUUAUAUCAAAGAUGAGCUCGAUAGAAAAGACUGUCACUACGUUGUUAGUUGCUACCAAAUCAUUGCUGGAAAGUUUAACCGCUUGGUCACAAGGCCGUUUGACGCAGCAACAAGUUUUCGAAGUAUAUACCAUACAAGGACAAGUUGAUCCCGAGUUUCGAUGUAUUAAUCUAAUCAUGAAUGAAUUGAUUUUACGUCUUAGCGAUUUACAACAUAUACCCAACAACUUACGUUUCUGCUUAGAAACGGCUCUCAAGGAAGAACCAUCACAGGCUUCCUUGGAAUUUCAUCUUCCUAAAAUCAGAGAUGUAAUAGUAAUUUUGCUUCAAGGGUUGAAAGAAAAGCAAGCUAUUUAUCGACAAAGGUUUGGCAGUGAUGAUACGACUACACCUCUUAGUUCUCCUCCUCAGCUGCAUAGACAACUUUCGGCAGGGCCACCUGUACAGGGUAAAUCCCAAGCUUCAGAUUUGUCGUCAAAUGAUUCGUCUCUUCGACGUAAUGUAAGUGCGCCACCAGCAGCUACACUGCAAAAAACCAGUAAUACAUCUCGGUUAGCCGAUCCGUUGGAUGCUUUGAAACAAAGCAACGUAUUGGAACGUCGAGCUUCAAAACGUUAUUCUGCUUUCGCACAUAAGUCUACUUCACGUUCAAAUCUAAAUGCUGAUAGUCAGGAUGGUACUCUACACCCGUCCAUAGCACCACCGCAUCAGCAUUCACCGUCUCUUGAUCAUACGAAGGAGGAAGAUGAAGUAACAUUGGCUGAAGAUCCAGCAGAUUCCGAUGCAACUGGAGAAUCUAUUGAACAAUCAACUCCACGCAGUUCCAUCGACACGAAAUAUGAAGCUGAACAACAUGAAGUGCAUACAAAUGUGAGCCAAAAUAUCCCAAUAGUUAAUAUUCAAGACACGUCUACGCCAAAGGGACUAACACUCUUUUUACAACUCGGGAAAGAUAUUAAAAAAACAACAUACGAUGGAGAUAUUAGCAUUCCUGCUUUGCGAAUGCUUUUUAUCGAAAAAUUUUCAUAUAACCCGGGAAUGGAUGAUUUCCCGAAUAUUUAUAUCAAAGACACCACAAGCGGGGUAUUAUAUGAAUUAGAAAACCUUGAUGAAGUAAAAAAUAAUUCUGUUUUAGCGUUGAAUGUUGAAGCUCUGGAACAAGUUAAAAAGCAUUUUGAUCAAAGUAUCGCCACGUUAGCCAAAGAAAUUCGGGACAUUAAGAAAUCAUUUUCCGAAAACAAUGACCUUCUCCGCCGUAGCGCAGUCAAUGCAAAUGCAUCGGCAAGACAAGCACCAUCUCAUACGCAAUUAAGAGAAUUAGCGAAAAAAGUACUCGCUAAUGUGAAGCAAAAGGAGGCGGAAGAGAAUUCUGCUAAAUCCGGGGCAAGCUAUAAAUCCUCUCUGAUCACAGAAAAGUUUGUCAGUGAUAUUAAAAAUCAACAUGAUGAGGUGCAAAAUUUACGACGAGAUUUAGGUGUAAUGAGACAACUAUACACGGAAUUCCAAGAUGAAACUCAGCAACUAGUACAAUCACUUACAGAGAAAACAUCGGCUGUGAAACAAGUCGCAAUGACGAGUGUAGGAUCUGCGCGUAGUUUCAUAAGUGCGGGAAAAACAAAGCUUGAUACUAGUUCAAGCCAAUUGUUAGCUCGUGUCGAUGAACUUCAAGACAUAAUUGACGAACUCAAAGCUGAUGUUACGAUACGAAAAUGCAAACCCAGCCAGUCCUCCGUUAAUCACGUCAGAAAAGAAUCCGCAGAAGUAGAAAAAGAACUCGCAUCUUUAUCAUCAUUUGUAAAAACGGUCAAGCCCCAAUGGAAAAAGACUUGGGAAGAAGAAUUACAAACAAUAGUCGAAGAGCAAAAAUUCUUAACCCACCAAGAAGAGUUACUAGAAGAUAUGCAGGAUGACCAUCAUAAAUUAACAGAGGUUUUCGACAGUAUUCUCAAAGUAGUGGAAAUCAAAUCAAAAUCACGACCAAAAGAAUUUCGUCCAGUACCACAAGACGAAAGUUUCGAGGGUCUGAAAACGGUCCUACAAGAAGUUCGAGGCAUUGCUCCCGAUUCGGAACGUCGCUUGCGUGCCAUGGCACAAGCAGAAAAACUCCGUGAACGAGAACUCGCCAAUCGGAUCGAUGAAUUUGAACAGGAACUGUCGCAGUUUGUUACGGAGAAUAAAUUGAAGAAGACUGGUGGUGCUCAAGAGGUUGAACGUUUGCGGAAAAAGAAGGAUGAGGACGCAUUAAAAGAACUAUUUAAAGCAUCAGCUUCAUCAUCGUGA